AUGGAUUCAACGAAUCCACAUACUCAACCCUCCAAUUUUGUUGAUCUGUUGAACAGACAACAAGACACUCCCUUUCCUUAUGCGAGUUUUCCACUCGAUGGGGAUAUCGGAUCAUCACAACUCCCUCUGUUCAGUACUCAAGCAACUGCAACAUCUAGCUUCUAUGAAGACUCUCCUACACAGCGUAAAGGAAGAAAGAAAUGGAGUCCCUCCGAUGAUCUAGUGCUGAUUAGCGCAUGGUUAAACACCAGCAAGGACCCUGUUGUGGGCAAUGAGCAGAAAGCAGGAGCUUUCUGGAAACGUAUUGCAGAUUACUAUGGAGCUAGUCCAAAGGUGGGUGGAGGUGAUAAGCCAGAGCCCAUGCAGUGCAAGCAAAGGUGGCAGAAACUGAAUGAUUUUGUUUGCAAGUUUUGUGGAUGCUAUGCCGCUGCAACAAGACAGAAAACAAGUGGUCAGAAUGAGGCUGAUAUUGUUAAACUGGCACACGAAAUCUGGCCAUCAAAAAAGAGCUUAAGAAGAUGGGAUUGCUUGACAGUCUCAUCUCCAAAAAAGAGCCACUUUCUGAAUUUGAAGAUGCUCUAA